AUGUACGUCUCUGGCGCCGUCGUUCCUCACUCAGCUACUUCACCUUCGCCGUUGCCGCCGCCGCCGAUGCCUCCUGGUGGCGUCGACUUCGCUAUUUUUGUCAAGGCCACAGCCGCCGUAUGCGCUGUUAUAUUCGUCACUGUCUUUUCGGUCUACCUCAAUUACUGGACCGCGCUAAUGUUCGCCAGCCAGAACCAUACGGCCGGUGGCCUUGACGGCGUCAGUUGGCGGUGUUCUUGCUCUCGAGGAAUCGACCGGGAAGUCCUGGAUACAUUCCCGAUCCUCGUGUAUUCUACCAUAAAAAACCACAAGAUCGGAAAAGGAGAGCUCGAAUGCGCAGUGUGCUUGAGCGAGUUCGAAGACCACGAGACUCUCCGGUUGAUACCAAACUGCAACCACGUGUUUCACCCGGAGUGUAUCGACGCCUGGUUAGCUUCUCAUGUGACUGUCCCCUUUGUCGAGCAAAUCUGA